AUAUAUGUGUAACUGGGGCAAACAAAUACAAAGCAGAUAAGGAGAUAAGGCAGAAGAGCUGAGAGAGAGUUUGCGACACCGCCACACCACUCCAGAAAAUAUACCCAUGAGGUGGCAUGUGGUGUCCACAUGAUAAGAAAAGAAAACCAAAAGUGAAGAAAGAGAGUGGUCCCUGGGUUUGGCACGCUUGUUAUUUUCAUGCUGUGGUGGAAACCUUACGCUACUCUACCCGCCUAUGUGGUCACUAUGCACAAUUCGUAUUUGUUACAAUUGUUUUUUUUUUUAUUUUGUUUUUUUUUAUAAUAUAAUAACGGCAUAAUUAAAUAUAAAAAUUAAAAGAUAAUUAGUAGUUUAGUAGUAAUUAAAUUACUAGAUCUAGAUGAUUAUGUGUGCAUUAGGAUGAAAAUAAGUCUAAUUGUUAUAAAUAGUUAUGUGAUGUUGAUUUUAUUUUUAGCUGAUGAAUUUUAAUUGAAGUGAUAGAAAUAAAUAAAUAAUAGAAAGGAAAGAGUAACAAGUAAAAAAAAUACUAAAAUUUAUAGAGAUUCGAUCUCUUAUACCUUUUAUGAUUAGUAAUAGCCUACUUCCUUUUUUGUUGUAUUCACCUGUGAGUAGAGAACAAGAAGACCUUGAUCUCUCUCAAAAGCUUUUACAGUAAUAUACUCUUAGAUCGAAAUGUCUCUUUUGUAUUUUCUCUUUGAAUUAUGUCGUCUCCCUGAAUAGUGAGAUGAUACCACUAUUUAUAAGAGCUAAUUACAUAGGAAUGGUUUCCCUUAAUCAAUAAGAAAUAAAAUAGGAAACUAUCAUGUUUCUAUAAUAAUAAUAAAAAAAAUGGAAAAUCUAGGUUGAUUGCCUUUAUUCUCUUAAGAUACAAAUUAAUCUCAUAAAUGUAGGGAUUGUUUUGUGACAUGUAAGUUUGGCGAUGACAUUGAACACCUCUAAAAUUGUCAACUCACAUCCCCUGGUUGGUGCAUGCAAGUUCUUCAUGCAAUCAAGAUGGUCGGAUGUCUAUCAGUGACCUUGCUCGGACAUCCCACUAUAUAGGUGUGACUUUGAGCUUCAUAUCAAUCUUCAUGGGUUUCUAAGAGUAAAACCAUCUGCCCAGGUUAUAAAAUGUGAAACAUGUCUCAUCCAGUCAGGUGCCACGUCACGGUGUACAAAUUAGGAUAAUAUUUGCCCCCAAGUGUGUGCGGGACCUUCCUAGUCACACAUGGACUUCAUUCGGUUAGGAAACUAUCCGAAUUGAUGAUGUGUGUCUGGUUGUCAAAGUUGAUCUGACGUGACUUAAUGGAGAGUCUCUUCGGUGUUUGGACAUUAAAUGCCUCUUAAGAGUUGUACCUCGAAUCAUGCACAGACGGUUGAGUGAUACUGCAUGCGUGAUGUCUGUAAUUUUAUAAUGAGUACAUAAUGUUCACUUUUGGAGAAAAAACCCAAAUUUCAAUUUUUAAAACAAAUUAAUUUCCUCUUUAAGGUACUUAUAAAAGGGGAUGUAGUACUAAGUGUGUUGCAAAGGGGUAUUUGGUGAUAGAAAAUGUGACCACCCUGGAAGUACAUAAUGAAAAGUUUGACCCAAAGCGCUUUUGUCGAGUCUUCAUUGAAGAAGUUUUUUACGAAAAUGCAAGGCUCCCAUGCCCUGUCACACAAGAAAGCCUCACCACGGUAGGCAAAGUGGUGAAUUCCUAUGUAGCCUGGCCAAUUCCACUUGUCAAGAUUGAUGGUGUACACCAGACACAGGAGAAGAAGAAUAGGGAUUUUAACAGUAUUACGGUUGGUCCACUGACUCAACCUUUGAAACACCCUCGAAGGCCGAAUAAGCUUCCAAUAGCUCGUUAUACUCCGCCAGAGAAAAGUGUCACAUUGAGUUUGCUAGAGAUCAUGGUCGAGCAGUGGCCAAAGGAAAAGAAUGUCCUUGAAGUUGACAUUGGUGAGGAUGUGUUCGGGGUAGAGCACAAAACAUACUUAUCAAAAAACGACAUACUUGACAUUUGCAAUCUCAAAUGGAUCGGAUCUGUUCCAAUGUCUGUGUGGUGCAGUAUAAUGCAGCGUGAACUAAACAAAUAUGAGUUGAACGGUGUAUAUGCAUUUAUGAAUCCUGCAUCUGUGGCAUCUACUGAUGGCUUAGGGUACAACGAGCGUGUAGCUUUGCUUUUUCAGCGAUUGAGCAACAUACAACCAGAUCGAUUCCUUGUUUGCCCUUGGUACCAUGACGAACAUUGGAUGGUUAUCUUAAUCCAAACGGGAUCGCAGAGUGUAGCAUUUUUGGAUUCCAAAAACAAAACCAUUCGUCAAGAUAUUAAAAGAUGUGUUCAAACGUAUGUUCUAGUAGUUCAAAGCUCUAAACAUAUUGCUCUAAUUUCCAUUAAUGUAUAUAUUAACUUUAUAUUAUUUAUGUGUAGUGCUCUUGAGAGGUACUACCUUGAGAAAAGAAACCGACGGUCAGUAGCAAUAAGCUUCACUGAGUACAGAUGUCCAGAGCAACCAGAUGACAAUCAGUGUGGGUAUUAUAACAUGAGAUUUAUUAAAUCAUUCAUGACUGAAAAUAAUCCCACACGAAAAUUGGAAACAGAGUUUAAAAGGAACAAAUCAUCCUCUUACACUAACAAAGAAAUCAAUGAAAUACGUGACGAAUGGACAAAGUAUGUCAUGCAGAUGAUAGCAGCAGGCAAAUGACUAAUAACAUAGAGUAUGAUGACCAAUGAUUGAUAGGUUUUACAUCGAUCUUAGUUACUAUUGUCUUGCUUUUUUAGUUUUUAGGAAGUGAUCUCCAGCUAUUUGAUUAAAGUCCCAAGUGACUACCUGUAGACUUAUUUUGUUCUUAGUAUACACAUUUUUAGAUGUUCAGAAGAUAUUCUACAAAAGAUUGCAAAAUGUAAAAAUUUAAUUGGAUUUUCUUCUUUUGUAUUGCAUUACUAAACUUUGAUGGCA